CAAGUAUUGCGUGUAAGAUGAGAAAUGGAGAAGUAGACUAGAUUCUAAUGAAGACACCGUACGUACAUACCUCAAAUUAAUUUAUGUACAGUAUAAGAUUUAUGAGAGCAUGUAAAGAAAGUACAGGGGUUUGUAAGUAUAAGUAGAGAAGCUUUUAUAUUUGCAAGUUUUGAUCGUCUUGUGAGCUGUGAGAUUGAGAAAAAAAAAUGGGAAGAGGUAGGGUUGAGCUGAAGAGAAUAGAGAACAAGAUCAACAGGCAAGUGACCUUUGCGAAGAGAAGAAAUGGGCUGUUGAAAAAAGCUUAUGAGCUUUCUGUUCUUUGUGAUGCUGAGGUUGCUCUCAUCAUCUUCUCUAAUAGAGGAAAAUUGUACGAAUUUUGCAGCAGUUCAAGCAUGCUCAAAACACUUGAGAGGUACCAGAAGUGUAACUAUGGAGCACCAGAACCGAAUGCGUCCGCAAGAGAGGCCCUGGAGAUAAGCAGCCAGCAGGAAUAUCUGAAGCUCAAAGCACGUUAUGAAGCUUUGCAAAGAUCCCAAAGGAACCUCCUUGGAGAAGAACUUGGCCCUUUAAGCAGCAAAGAGCUUGAGUCACUUGAAAGGCAGCUUGACAUGUCUUUGAAACAGAUCCGAUCAACGCGGACUCAAUACAUGCUGGAUCAGCUUAUGGAUCUUCAACAGAGGGAACAGAUGCUCACUGAAACAAAUAAGACCCUGAAACAAAGGUUGAUGGAAGGAUACCAAAUAAGCUCAGGGCUCCAGUUGAAUCCAAGUGCAGAAGAAAUGGGGUAUGGCCGCCAACCUGCUCAACCUCAUGGGGAUACCUUCUUCCAUCCUCUGGACUGUGAACCGACAUUGCAAAUCGGAUCAUUUCAACAUGAAGCAAUAACAGCAGUAAGUGCAGGCCCGAGUGUGAAUAACUACAUGCCAGGAUGGUUGCCGUGAAAAUGAAGAGAGCAAAAAUGUCAUCCAUGGAAUGCAUGCAAUCCAUUCAUAACUCAUAAUUGAGACUGGAAGAUUAUCUCUUUGUAAGUAGUUUAUUUGGAGAAGGAAAACACGUAUGCAUUUAUAUUAAGAGUAGUCUGUGUACUACGUACGUACCCUAAAGAAACUGAAAGUAGUAUCUGUUCUCUGUGUGUUUUGACAGAUUCAAGAUUUAAUAAUCGCUUUGAUUGAUUUUACA